AUGGCGCUAGUACCUGUUAAAGAGGCUGGUUCGAUGCCGUUUCAAGUUCCAGUUUUAACCCAAACAGACUAUCCGAUGUGGGAAGUAAAGGUUAAGGCCAUUAUGGAUGCAAAUGGUGUGUGGGAGACUGUUGAACCGAGGGCGUUAGGUGCUGAACCAGAUGAAAAGAAAGCAAAACAAGCUUUAGCCUUUUUGUUUCAAACUAUUCUCGAAGAGAUGGUGCUGCAAAUGGGUAGCUACACCGAUCCCAAGCAAGUGUGGGAUGGACUGAAGACACGGGAGCUUGAAAAUAUGCGCAUAAAAGAGGAUGAAGCGGUUGAUGAUUUCGUGGUGAAAUUGAAUGGCAUAGCAUCGAAGCCAUUCUUUCAACUUAUGGCUUCAAUCGAACAAUGUUUUGAUUUGGACACAAUGUUAUUCGACGAAGCCAUUGGUAGGUUGAAAGGGUAUGAGGAGCGCUUGAAAGCUAAGGAGAAGACGGAGGACAUUCAAGAUGGUUUAUUGUUGGCUAGUCAUGAGAAACCGCACGGGUGUAAGCAUUGUGGCGUUGGAAGCUCAAACCAAGAUGACUUUGGGUGUGGCCAGGGAAGAGGCCGUGGAUCCGUGAGGGGUCGAGAUGGUAACGAGCGGUUCCGGGAUAAAAGUCACGUGAAAUGUUACAAGUGUGGAGAAUAUGGUCACUACAACAACGAGUGUCCGAAGUUGAAAAAUGAAGAGGCGAAUCUGAUCGAGGAGGAGCCGGCAUUACUAUGA